AUGGCAAAAAAACAAAAAUACAAAAUUAAUAUACCGAUAGAUUGGCCCCCUGAGCCUUUAGUUAAAGUAAAUUAUAACCCUUUAUCAUUAUUACCUGUUAACUCUAAAUUGCCAGAACUUUCAAGCUUCGUAGAAUUGCGUCUUAUUUCUCUAGUCCUUAUUUCUGUAAUGGACGAUAUUAAUAACCCUAAUAAUAUCCAACCUAUAAAUUUAUUAAUAGAUAGUAACAAUAUUAGUAAUAUAGAUAGUUCUUUUUCUAAGACACAAAAAUUUUCUGAUAACAAUUCUAAAGAUGGCAGUAAAGUGAAAACCUCAUCAACUAUUAUCGACAAUAAAUUCUUUUUAUAA